CACUGGACCCACUGCUUCGACUACCUUCGUCAAGUGUUAAUGUGUUCCGCGGACGUCACGCUCGAAAACCUUAAAACAGAUGGUGGGGCGUUUUUGGGGGCCGUGGAUGGGUGGGGGACGCAGCAUAUGUGUAGGGAUUACGGGAAGCUGUUUGAGUGG